AUGUCCCAGCACGCCCAUGGCCUGGCUUGUGAUAUUGGAGAAGAAGAAGGGGAAAAGAAUAACGCGGCGAACCCAAGUAGGAUAUGGAGCGAUAAUUGUUCUAUUUCAGACAUAGUUAUAAGCCAAGGACAAACGCAGCCGCUGCCAAAUGGGAUACCUACAUACACCGUGGAGAUCAUGAACGUGUGUGUUGUGGGGUGCAGCAUUUCGAGGAUCCAUGUCAGCUGUGGGUGGUUCAGCUCUGCUCGGCUCAUCAACCCCCAUGUCUUCAAGCGGGUUCACUUUGACGAUUGUCUGGUCAAUGAUGGUAAACCCCUAGAGUAUGGCCGUACAAUCUCCUUCCAGUAUGCAAACACCUAUCGUUAUCCCCUCUCAGUUUAUUCCGUUACUUGCUGA